AAACUUGACCUGAAUUUACAGGUAGAAAUAAAAAGCCCACUUAGGGUUAGAAAAUGGGCUUGCAAAACCCCUUCACAGAAAGACCACACUAGAAAGCCAUUUUCGUUUGGACAGCACUACCUCACACUAUCCAUUUGCGACGACAAAAGGCAAGAAUUUUCGCAAUUUCUAUAUUGAAUUUGAUACUUUCAAAUCUCAAAUUUACCCAUCUCCUCCGCCACCACAAUAAACUCCGUCCAUGUCGAUUCUCCCGCCGGAGAUAAUCACCGACAUACUUCUGCGAUUACCCGUCAAGACUCUAGUACGUUUACAAUGCGUUUCGAAGCGAUGGCACGCUCUAAUCAACCACUCAUUUUUCAUCAACAAUCAUCUCAAGCUCUCCAUCGCGGCCAACAGAGAACGCAAGCUCAUAGUCCUGGACAGUGAAGUAGAUCCGCCGCUGAAUUUCUUCUGGGUGGACUUUAACGACGACGACCGAUUCGGAGCCCUCGUGAACAUCCGCCAGCCACUGCGCCAUCCAAGAUAUAUCAACGACAUCCUGGGCUACUGCAACGGAGUGGUUUGCUUUGACAACUGUGACGGAGAUAUUUUGAUUUGGAACCCAUUAAUCAGACGGUACAAGAAGUUGCCGUUUGAGCCGAUUGAAAAACCUUCUGGUAUAACUGACUGUGAGUCUGGGACGCCUGAUUUGUCCUUCGGGCACGACCCGGAUAACGACGACUACAAAGUGGUGAGGGUUGUGCAGUUCCAUAGAAAUUUUGAUGAUAUAAGGGCCUUUGAAAUUAAGGUAUAUAGUCUGAGAAGGCGUUGUUGGAAGAAGGUUGAAGAGGAAUGGCCUAAAGAGUCCCGUUCUUAUUCGGACUCGGUGUCCUUAAACGGUGCUUUCCAUUGGUUGUUUGAUACUUUGAGUGGGACCCCGGACGACAUGGGCACCAUUCUGGCUUUCGAUCUAGCCACUGAGAAGUUCCGGGAGUUUACAAUUCCGGUUCUACCGGCGUACGAAGAUUUUAAUCUUGGUUUGGAGGUCUUGAAAGGAUGUUUAUGUGUUUGCGUGAAUGUCGGUGUGACACUCAACGAUUUUUGGGUGAUGAAAGAGUACGGGGUAUUCAGCUCAUGGGCUCGUCUUUACACCAUUGUGCAAGGGGCAGUACCUUGGACUUUUGAGUACUGUAAGCCUUUGGUGUAUUCCAAGGACGGCAAGAAGGUUCUGAUGGAGGAGGUUGCUGACGAUGAUACGUAUCACUUUUGGUAUGACAUAGAGGAGAGAAGGGGCAGGACGGUUCAGUUUUAUCCUAUGCCAAAAUUGUUUAAGACGGCCAUUUGUGUGGGAAGCCUUGUUCUUCUCGACGGUGAUAGCGUGAAUAAAAAUCCAGCGGAGGGCCUUAAUCUGCUGGUGGAAGCGAUGGAGGAAGUGAUACAUGAGGAACAAGCUCUUUGAUAUUAGAUUGCAAGGAAAACUGCUUUGGAGCCCGUUUUGGGAUGAGUUCAUGUCAAAGCAUAAAAUUGGCCCAAAGUGAUAAGUGUAAAUGGUACUUGAAGAAGCAUCCCAUCAAGAAGGAACCGUUUCAUUGUGGGAUUGUGAAGUGUUUAAGCAUCUGCUUCUUGGGAAAAUGGCUCUUUGAACCUUGACAGCUCCACUGGCAUGAGGAUUUUCACCAAACCAGAAUAUUUGCACAAUUCUGUAAGAUUCUCCUGAAUUUUACAAUUUUGGAUGUAAGAUUCUACUCACAUAUUUCAAUGUUAAAGGGUUCGAAGUUUAUCAGGGACUUUGUUUUACUGUAAAGGGCUUGCAAAUCGAAUGUUUUUUCAUUUUUCGUCGAU